UAAUAAAAAACAGUUGAAAAAGUUGUUGUGACAAUUUCUACUGAUCAGAAUGGCCAUUGUGCUAUUCGAAAAGCAACAGUCCUUCACAAAGACCCUACUCUAAGCAAAGGAAAAUAUGAAAAAAACGCAGUCAUCAAAAAGCUAAUUAUUWUUUUUUUCAUAUUUGAAUUCCAUACUAACUUAUCCUUCUAAUCUUUCCUYGUUUUGCUUUAAGACCGGCUUUAUUUAAUCAGCUUUUCAGUCAGCUUUGUUUUCAAGUCCUUGAUGUCUCGGAAAAGAGGUUACAAAUGCUGCCCACAUGCAGUAAUCUUACAAAUUUACAUUUUCUCCUAAUUGAUGUCUAAUAUAUAAGCUUGAACGACUUUUUCUUAAUGGCAGCGAGUCUGUCGACAUCACAGCGGUCAUCGUCUUUGAAUUGUGUAAACURCGGGGAGCUUUGCCGAAGCUUCUACUGAUUCCUUCAAUUGUAUGGUUUUACAAAAGAAUCAGUUUAUAAUGAUCAUUUGCAUCGAUUAUCAAGUGUUAAGUAGAAUUCAAGUAGUUUCAAAUGACUUUUUGCAUAUUGAUAAAACUAGUGAGUUCACUUUGGUUUUGUUUUUUUCUUAAAAAUUUGACAUUGAAUUAACUCAGUCAGUGAAACGGCGCACCAUAUGGUACCACCUGUCUUCACAUUCCUCUGUUCUCAUUUAAAUAUCUCAAAUCUUAUAUUGCUAAUUGAGAAGAUAAUUUUUGUUUUCGUAAUAAGCRUAUUUGAAAAUACCGAAGUUUCGUUUGUGCAAGUUUGUUUCUUUUUAUGAUUUGUGUUUUGCCGGCGAUGAGCCAAAGAAAAAAAAAAUUAAAAGGUACAAAGAUGGGACACGCUUAUAAGUUACAGAAAUUAAGGAUGAGGUUUAAGUGAGACUUCAAGAGCUCUGGCAAACACARUUACGAAGAAUAAAUCGAGAAACAACUGAUAGAUGAGGGAAAAAAUAAGUAAAUCAAAACAUGAUAAAGAAUGCAAGAGACCUUAAAAAAGACUAGAGCCUUAAUCUUCGCAAGCAUAUAAUGGUAUUUUUCUAGAUAUUUCAAGACUAUGGAGACCGAUAUCAUUCAAGGUAAUGCAUCCAACUCAAGUCAUCGAUGGCAAACGGAAAACGCUSUUCAAGAUGUGGUAUUUAUAAAAACGAUGGCMUAYGGAUUUCUUMUGCUUGUCUCUAUACUUGGAAAUAUUUUUAUCAUAACAACGUUUUCCAAAGAUGGACGAUUAAAAACUGUAACUAAUUUCUUGGUCGCCAACAUGGCUGUCAGCGAUCUUAUCUCGUCUUGUUUUGUUGUUCCACURCAGGUUUCAGGCCUGUAUUUUGGAAAURAAUGGCUUAUAAMCGGYAAAAUUGGAAACGCUCUUUGUAAAAUUGCGAUAUAUUUYCCUAACGUUUCAACUUCUGUAUCGUUUUAUAGUUGUGUUUUYAUUGCCAUUGAUCGAUACUUUGCCGUUGUWAAYCCACUUAGAGGAGGMUUUCGCAGAUCGCGACURAAGUGCAUCAUCUCUGGGAUUUGGGUCUUUUCGGCUCUGAUAUCGUCGUCUUAUUUGUAUUCAUACCAGUUAAUACYCAGCCAAGACAMAGUYCUUUGUUUUUAUAAGGACAAGGGYGUAAUAAGAGCUCAAUUGUUAGUCAUGACCGCUCUUAACUUUGGUAUUCCAAUACCUACUGUAACUACUUUGUACUCAAUAAUUGUCUAUAAACUUUAUCAUCACAAGGCACCUGGAAACUUAACCUUUAUCGAGAGAAAGAGGAGACAGCUACAAAACAACAAAGUUUUAAAGCUGUCCGUSACUAUUGUCGGCCURCUAACCUUGAGUUGGGGAUAUUUUUAUGUUAUUGUAAUUUUGACCGUGGAAGGCAUAACAAACAUUGGAGAAAAUGUUUAUUUUACUAGUAUGUUUAUAUCAGAGAUGAGUUAUACUUAUAACUUCUUCAUUUAUUUGGUCUUUAAUGAUAURUAUCGACACAAUUUCAAAGUGAUGGCAUCUAAAUGCUUCUGUAAACAUACUUGUGGCAGUGUUGUAAGGUUUGGCAGAAGCGGAACAGACACUGUUAUGAAUGAUAUUGGGGAAUAUAAAAUUCGUACUAUUCGUAUCCAAAGAUUGAGCUCUUGAUAAACUUCAUUUCCUUCCAAAGUCUCGACAUGAACACGAACAGUUAUUUCAUAAAUAGAUUGCACAGCGGCCAUCUUGGCUUAACUUCAACAAAGGAUUUCUCAUGUAAGGAAUUAUCGCAUAGAUUAUUACUUUUUUCGCAAUGAAUAUGAAAAAUUGGUGUCCAGAAAGCUAUUAAUUCAAAUGCACUUUUUUUUCUCAAAACAUAGAGGAAUAUUAGCUUCCAAUCGUCCUAUGCGACAAUAAUUUCAAUUUGGAUCAAUUUGAAAGUGUGCCUUGAUAUAGAUUUGAGACAGCUGGUUUAUGAAAAAAUAUAUAUAUCGUAAUUUGUUUGAUUUGACUGCUUGCUCCAUCAGCAAUUAUACUAGCCGACUUGAGAAUGUUACCAUACUAGGCAUACGGAAAGGAAUCAAGACGAUGCUCCGCGUAUAAAACUCAGUCAUUCGUGAAGAUACAAUAGUUGCGUCUCGUCUGGAAUCUUUUGUGACUAUUGAUGUGACACGAUCUGAAAUUCCCCAAUCGUUUAUUCAGAAAAACAAGUCAUUUUCUUCCCCUCUCAUUUCAGAGCCGAAUACUUUAACGCCAUUAGGUGGCGCCCAGAGAGGGUACUAUCAGUCCAUAGACCCAAUUUUGUUUUUGCAUAAUUAAACAAUACAUCAAAUCAAUAUCUCAAAAAUUUUGUUGUGAUAAUUGCCCUUGGGAACUGGAUGUUGUCAAAACUAUAGUUCUUGUUUAGUCCUUGUUGUUGUUCUUGUAGUUUUCCAACAUCUUAUAAAAGUUAUCCUUGUUGAAAAAAAAACCUU